AUGUCAUUACAUCCUGAAGUUCUAUGGGCUCAAAGAUCGAGCACCGAUGAUGAAGAAAAAAACUACGUUUUGUUAACAAUUUCUAUCCCUGAUUGUCAACCAAACCCAGAGGUUAAGAUUACUGAGAACAGGUUGGAUUUAGUUGCAAAGAGCGGCUCCGUUGAAGGUGGUGAAACUUACGAAUUGCAUUUGGACUUGUUCAAAGAUGUUAUCCCUGAGAAGUCUUUACAUAAAAUCGCAAAUGGUCAACAUUAUUUCAUUAAGUUAAUUAAGAAAGAUUUGGAUAUUGAAUAUUGGCCAAGAUUAACUAAAGAAAAGGUGAAGUAUGCUUUUAUCAAGACUGAUUUCAACAAAUGGGUUGACGAAGAUGAGCAAGAUGAAGUUGCAAACGACUCAGAGAUGGAUCCUUUUGCUAACAUGGGUGCUGGUGGUGCUGGUGGUGCUGGUGGUGCUGGUGGCGCGGCUGGUAUGAUGGGUGCUGGCGGUGAAGGCAUGGGUGGCGCAGGUGGUAUGGACUUGGAAGCUUUACAACAAUUACUAGCCGCACAAGGUGGUAACUUUGGUGCUGAAUAA